AUGUGGAAAGACAUUCAAAAACAUUCCGCUUUUCCACGUGAAAGUGAAAUUCUUUUACCGGCCGCUCGAUGUUUUGAAGUUGUUGCAUGUCUCCCACAAGGUCCUGAUAUGAACAUCGUACAAUUGAAAGAAAUCGACUCACCUGUUAAACUUAUUGAUCUUGGACCACAAAAUAUUCUUCCAUCAACCGGAGUAAGUGGAGAUAAAAGCAAUGCAACAACAACAUCGGUCGUCACCAAUAUGUCAACACUGAAUAUCAAAGAACAUUUCGAAGGUAAAGUUUUAAAAUAA